GACUGAGAAUUUCUACAGACUUUUACUGUGUUUGAUUAUUUUUCCAUCUCACUUGUGAAAAAGCUGGAUGCCACUUGAGAGCGGAAUCCUUCUGGUUUUCUGUAAGAGAAGAGACUAGAAAUGGAUGCAAACCAACCAGCCUGGGAGGGAGUGGGAAAAGGUCCCACUGCUGUUCAACCUGGGAGCUUCGGAGAAGUUUGGGCAGAACCCAGGAAGAAGAUCCCGGAGGAGGAGGAAGAUGCCCUCAGUUCUGAGAUUCAGCGCUGGCGCUUCAGGAAUAGCCCCUUUCAGGAGGCCGAUGGGCCGCGAGAGCUUUGCAACCUCUUUCACCGCCUUUGUUGGGGAUGGUUGCAGCCCGAGAAGCACACCAAGACUCAGAUGUUGGACUCGGUGAUCUUGGAACAAUUUAUGGCCGUCCUACCCAGGGAGAUGCAGUGCUGGGUGCAGGAAUGCCAAGCGGAGACCACUUGCCAGGCGGUGGCUCUGGCCGAAGGCUUCUUGCUGAGUCAAGCGGAGGAGGACGAACAGGGAAGGUAUCAGGUUCUGAAGUCCUUGCUGGAAGUGGGUACUAAUUGUGCAGAGGGAAGCACAAGUCCCUCUCAAGAGUCAUGUUGUAGAGUGAUCUCCAAGCAGGAAAGUCAAUCUCAGGAUGCCUCACUUGGGAAAAAAAUGGCAUCGCUGUUAUUCAUUCGAUCACCUCCUGGUGCUGGUGGAACUGAAAGAGCAGCUGCGCUUUUAACUCAGGAUCCUGUAUCCUUUGAGGAGGUGGCCAUUCAUUUCACCAGCGAAGAAUGGUCACUGCUGGAUCUCGGCCAGAAAGCCUUGCACCAAGAAGUCAUGUUGGAGACAUGUAGGAUCAUGGCCUCUUUAGAUGAUGAGCCGAAAAAUGAAAAUGACCAAGAGCCAAAUGUGUUGCCAUCACAAAUAAUACUGGAAUCUGCAAAGAAGUCAGGAAGGAAGAGAUGUGAGAAAAACCAAUCUUGUAAUUGGAGAGAAGAGCUGAGUUCUGAAUGCGCCAAAAAAGAUCUUUUCCUGAUUCAAUGUGAUUUCAAAGAAAUCAAUACAGAAAAAUGUCACAGAAGUGGGGAAACAGCUCAAGCAAAACGCAGUUUCAGUAACAACUACACACCUGGAAAGAGCCUCAGCAAUAAUAGUAACAUUAUUUCUGAUAAAAUGGUCCAUGCAAGAGAGAAGCCCUAUAAAUGCAUGGACUGUGGAAAAAGCUUUAGGUGGAUAAAUAAUCUAACUGCACAUAAAAGGAUCCAUUCAGGAGAAAAGCCCUUUAAAUGCCUGGAAUGUGAAAAAAGCUUCCGUAUGAAGAGUUCCCUUAUUCUUCAUAAAAGGAUCCAUAUGGGAGAGAAGCCCUAUAAAUGUGUAGAGUGUGAGAAGAACUUCAACACAAGCAGUGAGCUCACUUCCCAUAAAAGGGUCCACACAAGAGAGAAACCCUAUAAAUGCCUGAAGUGUGGAAAGUGCUUCAGACAUAAUGGUUCUCUUACUUCCCAUAACAGGAUUCAUUCCGGGGAAAAACCCUAUAAGUGUAUUGAGUGUGGAAAAAGCUUCAGUAUGAACAGCUCAUUUACUUUUCAUAAAAGGAUCCAUACGGGAGAGAAACCCUUUACAUGCGUGGAGUGUGGAAAGAGCUUUAGCACAAAUAGUGCGCUUUCUUCCCAUAAUAGAGUGCAUACAGGAGAGAAGCCCUUCAAAUGCACCAAUUGUGGAAAAAGCUUCAGCCAUAGAGGUUCUCUUACUUCCCAUAAAAGGCGGCAUUCAGGGGAAAAACCAUAUGAAUGCAAGGUCUGUGGGAAAAGCUUUACUACGAACAGUUCCUUUAUACUGCAUAAAAGGAUCCAUACAGGAGAGAAACCAUAUAAAUGCCUAGAAUGUGGAAAGAGCUUCAGUCACAGCAGGUCCCUUACUUCCCAUAAAAGAGUCCAUACUGGAGAGAAACCGUAUAAAUGUACGGACUGUGGAAAGAGCUUUAGCAAUAGCAAUCACUUGACUACCCAUAAAAGGAUUCAUUCAGGGGAAAAACCCUAUAAAUGCAUGGACUGUGGAAAAAGCUUUAGUAUGAACAGUUCAUUUACUUUUCAUAAAAGGAUCCAUACAGGAGAGAAACCAUAUAAAUGCCUAGAAUGUGGAAAGAGCUUCAGUCACAGCGGGUCCCUUACUUCACACAAAAGGAUCCAUACAGGAGAGAGACCCUAUGAGUGUAAGGACUGUGGAAAGAACUUUAGCAACAGUAGUUACUUAACCUCCCAUACAAGGAUCCACUCCGGGUUUAAGCCAUAUAUAUGCAGGGAAUGUGGGAAGAGUUUUAUUUCAAGCAGCUCCCUUGCUAAUCACAUUAGUAUUCACACAGGAGAGAAACUGUAUCAAUGUACAGAGUGUGGGAAGAGUUUCAGGUUGAAAGUUCACUUAACUUCCCAUAAAAGGGUCCACACAGUGGAGAAACCCUAUGAAUGCAUAGUGUGUGGAAAGUGCUUCAGUCAUAGUGGUUCACUUGCUUCCCAUAACAGGAUCCACACAGGGGAGAAAAAAUAUGCAUGCACGAUGUGUGGAAAGAACUUCAGGUGGAGGAAUCAACUUACUUCCCAUAAAAGGAUGCAUACAGGGGAAAAACCCUAUAAGUGCAUAGAGUGUGGGAAAAGCUUCAGUAUGAACAGUUCGCUUAUGUCUCACAAAAGGGUCCAUACCGGAGAGAAACCUUACCAAUGUAUAGAAUGUGGGGAAAACUUUAGCACAAACAAUGACCUUACUUCUCAUAAAAGGGUUCACACAGGAGAGAAACCCUUUCAAUGUACAGAAUGUGGAAAGGGCUUCAGUAUGAAUAGUUCUCUUACUUGUCAUAAGAGGAUCCAUACCGGAGAGAAAAAAUAUGUAUGCAUGGUGUGUGGAAAGAAUUUCAUGUGGAGGAAUCAACUUACUUCCCAUAAAACAAUGCAUACAGGGGAAAAACCCUAUAAAUGCAAGGAGUGCGGGAAAACCUUCAGUGUGAACAGUUCCCUUACGUCUCAUAAGAGGAUCCACACUGGAGAGAAACCCUAUAAAUGCAUAGUGUGCGAGAAGAACUUCAGCACAAGCAGUGAUCUUUCUUCCCAUAAAAGGAUCCACACAGGAGAGAAACCCUUUAAAUGCUUGGAGUGUGGAAAGUGUUUUAGUGUGAAUAGUUCCCUUACUUCACAUAAGAGGAUCCAUACAGGGGAGAAACCCUUUCAAUGCACAGAAUGUGGAAAGAGGUUCAGUAUGAAUAGCUCCCUUACUUCUCAUAAACGAAUCCAUACUGGAGAAAAACCAUAUUCAUGCCUAGAGUGUGGGAAGAACUUCAGUACAAGUUGUAAUCUCCGUUCCCAUAAAAGAAUCCACAAAAGAAAAAAACCCUAUAAAUGCCUGGAGUGUGAAAAGAGCUUCAGCAGCAGCAGUUACCUGACCAUCCAUAAAAGGAUCCACACAGGAGAAAAACCGUAUAAAUGCACAGACUGCGGAAAAAGCUUCAGUAUGAAAAGUUCCCUUACUUCUCAUAAAAGGAUUCAUACGGGAGAGAAACCUUAUAAAUGUCUGGAAUGUGGGAAAAGCUUCGGGAACAGAGAUCAUCUGACUUCUCAUCAAAGGACCCAUACAGGGGAAAAGCCUUAUAAAUGCACAGACUGUGGAAAGACAUUUAAUUGGCAUGGCCACCUGACUUCUCACAAAAGGAUUCACACAGGAGAGAAACCCUAUAAAUGCCAGCAAUGUGGGAAAAGCUUCAGUAUGAACAGUUCUCUUACUUCUCAUAAAAGGAUCCACACCGGAGAGAAACCCUAUCAAUGCUUAGUGUGUGGAAAAAGCUUCAGUAUGAACAGUUCUCUUACUUCUCAUACAAGGGUUCAUACUGGAGAGAAACCCUUUCAAUGCUUGGAGUGUGGAAGAAGCUUUAGUAUGAAAAGUUCCCUUACCUCUCAUCAAAGAAUUCACACGGGAGAAAAACCCUAUAAAUGUGAAGACUGUGGGAAAAGCUUUAGUAUGAAAAGUUCCCUUACUUCUCAUCAAAGGGUUCAUACAGGAGAGAAACCUUAUCAGUGCUUAGAGUGUGGGAAGAGGUUCAGCCACAGUAGUCAGCUUACUUCCCAUAAAAGGAUCCACACAGGAGAAAAACCCUUCAUAUGCACAGUGUGUGGAAAGGGUUUCAGCAACAGCAAUCACCUGACCUCUCAUAAAAGAAUGCACACCGGGGAAAAACCCUAUAGAUGUACGGAUUGUGGAAAAAGCUUCAGUAUGAACAGUUCCCUUACCUCUCAUAAAAGGAUCCACUCAGGAGAGAAACCCUAUAAGUGUGUUGAGUGCGGAAAAAGCUUCAGUAUGAACAGUUCUCUUAGAUAUCAUAAAAGGAUCCAUAUGGGAGAAAAACCCUAUAAAUGCACAGAAUGUGGGAAGAGCUUCAUCCGAAGCAGUGAUCUUGCUUCCCACAAAAGGAUCCAUACAGGAGAGAAACCCUUUAAGUGUACUGAAUGUGGAAAGAGCUUCAGUGUAAACAGUUCUUUUAAUUAUCAUAAAAGGCUCCAUUCGGGAGAAAAACCCUAUCAGUGCCUAGAGUGUGGGAAGAGCUUCAGUAAGAGCAGUGUCCUUGCUUAUCAUAAAAGGAUCCAUUCAGGGGAAAAACCUUAUAAAUGUAUGGACUGUGGUAAGACCUUCAAUUGGUAUGGCCACCUGACUUCUCAUAGAAGGAUUCACACAGGAGAGAAACCCUAUAGAUGCCUGGAAUGUGGAAAGAGCUUUAGUCAUCGUGAUUCCCUUACUUCCCAUAAGAGGAUCCACACAGGAGAGAAACCAUAUAAAUGUAUGGAAUGUGGGAAGAGUUUCAGUCACAAUAGCCACCUGACUUGUCAUAAAAGGAUCCAUUCAGGGUUGAAGCCCUAUAUAUGCAAUGAAUGUGGAAAGAGUUUUGUUACGAGAGGUUCUCUUACUAAACAUGUUAGUAUCCACACAGGGGAGAAGCUGUAUCAUUGCACAGUGUGUGGUAAGUACUUCCGCAGGAAGAAUUCCCUUACUUCCCAUAAAAGGAUACAUACUGGAGAAAAACUGUAUAAAUGCAUAGAAUGUGGGACGAGCUUCAGAAUUAGUAGUGACUUAAUGUGCCAUAAAAGGAUCCAUUCAGGGGAAAAACCUUAUAAAUGUGGGGAUUGUGGGAAAAGGUUCAGCAGGAAGUAUUCCCUUACUUCCCAUAAAAGGAUACAUACUGAUGAAAAACCCUUUAAAUGCAUAGAAUGUGGGAAGAGCUUCAAAAGUAGUAAUUAUCUGAUGUGCCAUAGAAGGAUCCAUUCAAGGGAAAAACCUUAUAAAUGUGUGGAUUGUGGGAAAAGGUUCAGUAUGAAGUGUACCCUUACAUCCCAUCAAAGGAUACAUACUGGAGAAAAACCCUAUAAAUGCAUGGAGUGUGGAAAGAGCUUCAGGGGAAGCAGUGCACUUAAUUGUCAUAAACGGAUCCACACAGGAGAAAAACCUUAUAAAUGCCUAGACUGUGGGAAGGGCUUCGGCCAAAGCAGUAGCCUGGCUUCCCAUAAACGGAUCCACACAGGAGAGAAACCCUUUAAAUGCAUGGAGUGUGGAAAAAGCUUCAGUGUAAAGAGUUCUCUCACUUCUCAUAAACGGGUCCACACAGGAGAAAAACCCUAUAAAUGCCUACAGUGUUGGAAGAGUUUCAGCAGCAGUAGUUAUCUGAUAUUGCACAAAAGGAUCCAUACAGGGAGAAAACCUUAUAAAUGUGGGGAUUGUGGACAAAGGUUCAGUGUGAAGUAUUCUCUUACUUCCCAUAAAAGGACCCACACAGGAGAAAAACCCCAUAAAUGCCUAGAAUGUGGGAAGGGCUUCUCAACUAGUAAUUAUCUGAUGUGCCAUAGAAGGAUCCAUUCGGGAGAAAAACCUUAUAAAUGUAUGGAUUGCGGGGAAAGGUUCAGAACGACGUGUUCCCUUACGUCCCAUCAAAGGAUACAUACAGGAGAAAAACCCUUUAAAUGCAUGGAGUGUGGAAAGAGCUUCAGGGGAAGCGGUGCUCUUAAUUGUCAUACACGGAUCCACACUGGAGAAAAACCCUAUAAGUGCCUAGACUGUGGGAGGGGCUUUACGCAAAGCGGUGAGCUUGUUUCCCAUAAACGGAUCCACACAGGAGAAAAACCCUAUGAAUGCAUGGAGUGUGGAAAGAGCUUCAGUGUAAAGAGUUCUCUCACUUCUCAUAAACGGAUCCACACAGGAGAAAAACCCUAUAAAUGCCUAGAGUGUGGGAAGGGCUUCAGACAAAGCUGUGACCUUGGUUCCCAUAAACGGGUCCACACAGGCGAAAAACCCUAUAAAUGCAUGGAGUGUGGAAACAGCUAUAAAAGCAGCAGUUACCUGAUCCUCCAUAAACGGGUCCACACGGGAGAGAAACCCUAUACAUGCCUGGAGUGUGGAAAGCGCUUCACUAUCAAGGGCUCUCUUACUUCUCACGAAAGGAUCCAUACAGGAGAGAAACCCUAUAAAUGUCUACAGUGUGGGAAAAGCUUCAGCCGAAGCAGUCAACUUAGUUUCCAUAACAGGAUCCAUACAGGGGAAAAACCUUAUAAGUGCACAGAGUGUGGAAAGACCUUCGCUGCCAGUAGGUCUUUAACUUCCCAUAAAAGGACCCACACAGGAGAGAAACCCUAUAAAUGCCUGCAGUGUGGGGACAGCUUCAGAUUUAAAAGUAACCUUGCUUCCCAUAAGAGGAUCCACAUCGGAGAGAAACCCUAUCAAUGCAAGGAGUGUGGAAAGAGCUUCAGGAGCAGCAGUCACCUAACAUCCCAUCAUAGGAUCCACACAGGAGAAAAACCUUACAAAUGUGUGGAGUGUGGGAAGAGCUUUAGGCAACGGAGUCAUCUUAUUUCUCACAGAAGGAUCCACUCAGGUGAAAAACCAUAUACGUGCAUAGAGUGUGGUGAGAGCUUCAGGUUGAGCAGUCAGCUGACAUACCACAUGUGGAAUCACACGGGGGAGAAGCCAUAUAGUUGUGCAGAAUGCGGGAAAAGUUUCAGCAACGUCAGUUCCCUCACUUGCCACAAAACUAUCCAUACAGGAGAGAAACGAUAUAAAUGCACAGAGUGUGGGAAAAGGUUCCGGAACAGCAGUCAUCUUACUUCCCAUAAAAGGAUCCAUACAGGGGAGAAACCAUAUAAAUGCGCGGAGUGCGGGAAGUGCUUCAGAGACAGCUCGGCCCUGGUGUCUCAUAGAACCAUCCAUACCGGAGAGAAACCGUACAAAUGUAUGGAGUGUGGAAAGAGUUUCAGCCAGGGAUACUCCCUUACGACCCAUCAGAUGAUCCAUUCGGGGGAAAGACCAUACAAAUGUAUGCAGUGUGGCAAGAGCUUCAAAUGGAAUAGUCACCUUACGGCCCAUCAAAGGAUCCACACGGGAGAAAAACCGUAUAAAUGUGUGCAGUGUGGAAAGAGCUUCAAAAACAGGAGUAACCUCACCAGCCAUAAAAGGAUCCACACAGGAGAAAAACCGUACAAAUGCACGGAGUGUGGGAAGUGUUUCCGAGGCAGCUCCGCCCUCAUUUGCCAUAAAACCAUCCACACGGGAGAAAAACCAUAUAAAUGUAUUGAAUGCGGCAAGAGCUUCAGCAGAGGCAGUUCCCUUACUUUCCAUAAAAGGAUUCACACAGGAGAGAAACCCUAUCAGUGUCUGGAGUGUGGAAAGAGCUUCAACCAGAGUAAUUCCCUUAUUUUCCACAGUAGCGUCCACACGGGGGAGAAACCAUUUAAAUGUAUCGAGUGUGGAAAGAGCUUCAGCAAAGAAGGUUGCUUUAUUUCCCACAAAAUGAUCCACACAGGGGAGAAACCCUACCAAUGUAUGGAGUGUGGAAAGACAUUCCGAUUGAACAGUCAGCUUACAUCUCAUCAAAGGAUCCACACGGGGGAAAAACCAUAUAACUGUACGGAGUGUGGAAAGACCUUCCGAUUAAGCAGCGAUCUGACUUCCCAUAAAAGGAUCCACACAGGAGAGAAACCGUAUGAAUGCAUGGGAUGCGGGAAGAGCUUCAAGCGAAGCAGUGACCUUACUUCCCAUAAAAGGAUCCACACUGGUGAAAGACCGUAUCAGUGUAUGGAGUGUGGAAAGACCUUCACAAUGCGAUCGUCCCUGACUUCUCACAAAAGGAUUCACACGGGGGAGAAGCCGUAUCAGUGCACAGAGUGCGGAAAGAGCUUCCGUGAAAAUGGGUCUCUCACUAUUCAUAAGAGGAUCCACACUGGAGAGAAACCGUAUCAAUGUAUGGAGUGUGGAAUGAGUUUCCGGCUACGCAGUCAGCUUGCAUCUCAUAAGAGUAUGCACAGGAGUUUAUCCAUAGAGCCUGGAUUGUAGGAGAAAAAAAUGGCAUUGAAUAGACCAGGCAAAACUUCCCCCUUCCCAGGGGCAAAAUUAACCCUCUCCACUCAGCCAUAGAAGGCCCAGGAGUACAGAGAUACUGAGAGAUGAGCAAAGGCUUUGGGAAGCAAGGCCCAUAUAUGACAAGCCAUAAAAACAUCCUUAGAAACCUACUAUGUUCAUACAAUACAUUGUUCACUCAAAUACAUUAUUAUUUUUGUAACUCUGUUCCAUUGCCUCAUGGAUUCCAUGUCUGAUUUCACUAACCAAGGCACCCAUCACACACAUGCUUAAUUCAAUUAUUUUUGACAAUCGUAUGUAUAUUCUAGUUUGUGUAAGUGUGUAAGGAGAUAUUUCCUCCCUGUUUAGAUUUUGCUUCUGCUAUCUCUAGUACUAUAAUAAAUAUAUUCUUUG